AUGCCUUCACGAAAGCCCAGCAAGUAUGGAAACAAGUUCCGGUCCAGCGCGGCAUCAUCAAACCCUCGGCGCGCGAAAACGGUCGACUUUCAUUCCCUCCGCUCUACUGAAGCAACCUCCCAAAAUGAGAAAUUCGAGGCUAUUCGAUUGGCCGACAGCAUCGAUGAAACCCUCGGCUUCCCGCGCUUCGAGUCCGGCGAGACAAGGGCUGGAUGGUUGGUCAACAUGCACAGCACGUCGAUAGAGGAUCCAGACGUGCCUGGCGGCCGUGCUGGCGUCGAUUAUUACUUCUUGCAAGACGAUGGGGGGAGUUUCAAAGCAACCGUGGAAUAUGAUCCCUAUUUCUUGAUCUCGGUCAAGAAAGGUUACGAGAUGGAUGUUGAAGAAUGGUGUCGCCGGUCCUUUGAGGGCAUGAUCAAGAAAUUCAAGCGACUCGAAAAGGAGGAUCUUAACCUCCCAAAUCACCUUCUCGGCUACCGAAAGACCUACAUCAAGCUCAGCUUCGCCAACGUGAGCAAUCUUUUAGAGGUUAGGAGAACUCUUCUUCCUCUUGCAGAGAAGAACAAAAAAAUGAGAGUGCGAUGGACGCAUAUUGCGACUGCUGGUAUCGAUCUUUUUGACGACGAAUUAAUUAAUGAGCAACGACCUAAUGGCAACCUACAAGCGAGUGAUUUUAUUGUUGAUAUCCGAGAAUAUGACGUACCAUACCAUGUUCGAGUCUGCAUUGACAAAGACAUUCGAAUUGGAAAAUGGUAUGAGGUGCAGGCAGAUCAUGGGACGAUUACGCUGAAAUGCUUGGAAGAUCGGCUUCAGCGUGCCGAUCCUGUCGUUCUUGCUUUCGAUAUUGAAUGUACAAAACUACCGCUGAAAUUCCCCGACGCUACAAUCGAUCAGAUCAUGAUGAUUUCGUACAUGAUUGAUGGGCAAGGUUUCCUCAUUACCAACAGAGAGAUUGUGUCUGAGGACAUCCACGACUUCGAGUACACACCCAAACCAGAGUACAACGGACCUUUUAUCAUCUUCAAUGAACCUAACGAAAGGAAACUUCUUGAACGAUUUUUCGAGCAUGUCAAAAUUGCCAAGCCUACUGUUAUUGCGACAUACAACGGUGACUUCUUCGAUUGGCCGUUCGUGGAGACAAGAGCCAGUAUUCUGGGACUUGAUAUGUACAUGGAGAUCGGAUUCCGAAAAAACAGCGAAGAUAUCUACCAAGCUGACAACUGUGUGCACAUGGAUUGUUUCGCCUGGGUCAACCGUGACAGUUAUCUUCCCCAAGGAAGUCGUGGUUUAAAAGCCGUGACUGUAGCAAAACUUGGUUACGAUCCAGACGAGCUUGAUCCCGAACUCAUGACACCGUAUGCGAGUGAAAGACCACAGACCUUAGCGGAAUACUCGGUUUCCGAUGCCGUUGCAACCUAUUAUCUGUACAUGAAAUAUGUCCACCCUUUCAUCUUCUCACUCUGCACGAUCAUUCCUCUCAACGCCGACGAAACACUGCGAAAGGGAACUGGAACUCUGUGUGAGAUGCUUCUCAUGGUCCAAGCAUACCAGCAUGAGAUCGUUUUGCCCAACAAACACAAGAAUCCGACAGAAGCUUUCUAUGAAGGUCAUCUUCUUGAGUCAGAGACUUACGUUGGUGGCCACGUCGAAAGUAUUGAAGCUGGUGUGUUCCGAAGUGAUAUUCCUACCCAUUUCACCGUUGAUCCUACUGCAAUUGACGAGCUUCUCAAAGAUCUCGAUCACGCCCUUAAAUUCAGUAUCGAGGUUGAAGAAAAGAAGUCCAUGGACGAUGUUGUGAAUUAUGAUGAGGUCAGGGCACAAAUUGUGGAGCGCUUGCUCGAUCUCAAGAACAAUCCAACACGGAAUGAGGUGCCUUUCAUUUACCAUUUGGAUGUCGCUUCCAUGUAUCCCAACAUCAUGAUCACCAACCGAUUGCAACCAGAUUCGUUGAUUGAUGAAUCGAACUGCGCUGCUUGCGAUUUCAACCGACCCGGAAAAACUUGUGAUCGACGUAUGCCUUGGGCAUGGCGAGGCGAAUUCUUGCCUGCCAAGCGUGAUGAAUAUAACAUGAUCCGACGUGCCACGGCAAAUGAGCGUUUCCCAGGCCGGUACCCAAAUUCUCCAAUGAGAUCAUUUGGCGAAUUGAGCAUUGAAGAGCAAGCUACUUUGGUCAAAAAGCGACUGCAGGAUUACAGCAAAAAGAUCUACCACAAAAUUCACGACAGCAAGACGAUGGAGCGAGAAGCCAUCAUUUGCCAACGAGAAAAUCCUUUCUAUGUCGAUACUGUCCGAGAUUUCCGUGACCGACGAUAUGACUUUAAGGGCAAGCAAAAAGGUUGGAAGAACAAGGCGGAUAGUUUGCAGUCGGCAGGCGCUUCAGCAGGUGAGAUCGAAGAGGCGAAGAAGAUGAUCAUUCUGUAUGAUUCUCUUCAGCUUGCACACAAGGUCAUUCUCAACAGUUUCUACGGCUAUGUGAUGCGAAAGGGCUCUCGGUGGUAUUCCAUGGAAAUGGCUGGCGUCACUUGUUUGACAGGUGCCCACAUUAUUCAGAUGGCGAGAGAGCUAGUCGAACGCAUCGGUCGUCCCCUGGAGCUGGAUACCGAUGGUAUUUGGUGCAUGCUUCCCGGAGGAUUCCCCGAUAACUUUUCCUUCACACUGAAGAACGGAAAGAAAUUGGGCAUCUCCUAUCCAUGUGUUAUGCUGAAUCACCUCGUUCAUGCGAGGUACACCAACCAUCAGUACCAGGCGCUUGUCGAUCCAAAAACCUUCAAGUACGAGACUCACAGUGAAAAUUCUAUCUUCUUCGAAGUUGAUGGACCUUACCGGGCAAUGAUUUUACCAACUUCAAAGGAGGAAGACAAGAACUUGAAGAAAAGAUACGCAGUCUUCAAUCACGAUGGCUCCUUGGCUGAACUCAAGGGAUUCGAGGUCAAGCGAAGAGGCGAGCUGAAAUUGAUCAAGAUCUUCCAAACGCAGCUCUUCAAAUUCUUCCUAGAGGGCUCUAAUCUUGCUGAAACCUACGCAGCCGUGGCCCGAGUUGCGGACCGCUGGUUGGACGUUCUGUAUGAACACGGAACGACAUUGGCAGAUGAAGAGUUGAUUGAUCUGAUUUCGGAGAAUCGAAGCAUGUCCAAAACUCUGGAAGAAUACGGUUCUCAAAAGUCCACAUCCAUCACGACGGCAAAACGUCUGGCAGAGUUCUUGGGAGAGCAGAUGGUUAAAGACAAAGGCCUCAACUGCAAAUACAUUAUCUCAUCACGCCCACGCAACACACCUGUCACCGAAAGGGCAAUUCCCGUUGCUAUCUUUUCCGCUGAAGAGAGCAUUAAGAGAUUCUUCUUGCGCAAAUGGCUCAAGGAAGAUCCUGGUGACAUGGACCCCCGAACUGUGAUCGACUGGGACUAUUACCUCGAGCGUUUGGGAUCUGUGAUCCAAAAGUUGAUUACUAUUCCAGCUGCACUUCAAAAGCUGCCAAAUCCAGUCCCGCGGGUUGCUCACCCAGAUUGGUUGCAACGUCGGAUCAGAACGAAGGAAGACAAAUUCAAGCAAAAGAAGAUGACUGAUCUAUUCACCAAAUCAGAGAAGACACCCCUUUCGUCGACAAAUGCCAACAUCCUGGAUCAUCGGGUUCAACAUGCUGGCGAUAUGGACGAAGCCAUCUCCACCCAAAAGACCAAGGGUUCCAAGAGGAAACACCCAGAGAAUGUCCCAAAGACGGCCCUCGAUCCUUAUGCUAGCCUUCCAGCAGUUAUGCCAUCAAUGUCGGAAAACUAUGAAGGAUUCCUGAAGUACCAGAAGCAAAAAUGGAAGAUCCAGAAGCAAGCACGGGUCCGUCGCCGUCAGUUAUUCGGCGAACGAACCAACGUUGCCACUGACUCCUUGAGUAACUUCUUCCGGAAUCAAGCUCAAAUGCUGUACAUUAGCACAUGGCAGGUGCUGCAACUUUGCGAGACGGGCGUUCCGGGAGUUGUGCGAGCUUUCGUCCUGAUCGACCAAAAGAUCCAUGCCCUCAGCAUCAGAGUUCCGCGACAAUUCUUCUUGAACUUGAAGCAGGAUUCCUUGCCAGACAUUGAGGUAGACGAAUGUGAGGUUGAGAAGGUCAAUCACACUCUGCCCAAUGGCCAUCCCUCCGUCCACCUGUUCAAGGUGUCUUUGUCGGAAGAGAAAUACCUCGAAGAGGCUGACAAGAUGGAAAUCCUCUUCCAGCACCCUAGCAUUGAGGGUGUUUACGAGGGCAACAUUCCCCUGAGUACCCGAGCAUUGCUUAAGCUAGGAAGUCAUUGUACUUUCGAUGAAACACAACGUGGUGUCCUAGGUGAUGGAUUGGACAAGGGCUUCGACCUUUCGACCUUACUUCACACAUCUUCUGAACAGCCAUAUCUGAUGGACUCGUCAUUAGUGUACCAUUAUCUGUAUCAUAUUGUCUCUGGGGAUAGACAGGUAUUCGCAAUAUUCUCCACAUCCAAGAAUGAGGCGCACAUUAUCGUUCUCAACCGCACAAGGGACGUCCAGGGUCUCCCGAACGUCGACAAAAUCUACACCGAGCUUCUCACGCGGAAGAUGCAAGCUGCAUCUGGCGAUGAAUCGCAGCACGCGUUUGAUUACCAGGACAAAAUCCAUUUCAAGAUCACCCAGGUGAUGACGCGAAGGAAGGCCCACCUUGAAGUUGGUGAUUUGGUCAGAAAGCUUCGAAAUGAUGAGAGCCGGCCUGCCGUCCUUGUCAUUCAAUCCCAGCAAAAGGACCGUUUGUGUCAUGACAUUCCAAUUUUGAAAGAAUAUCCAGUGCUGUCCGUCAAGCCCGAAGCAUCAGACAUAGAACUUCCCCCACUGGGCUGGCAGGCGUUUGUCGCAAGACGUCUAGUCACGCGCUAUCUCUACUUGUCCUCUUGGAUACAGCAUUUGACCUUGCUCGCUCGGUACGGUGAUGUUCCGCUUUGCAAUCUGGAAAACGAAGAUCCUCGAUACCUCAUCGAUAUCUCGUACGCCAGACGACUUCAACAGAACAAUGUUGUGCUUUGGUGGUCACAAGGGCCGCGUCCCGAUCAUGCAGGCUAUGAAAGGGAUGAUAUUCUUGGUGCAUUGGACAAGGUCAACAUGCCAUCUGUCAACGUGCCAGGUGCCUAUUCGACAGUUUGCAUUGAACUUGAAGUUCGCAAUCUGUCCAUUAACACAAUCCUGACAUCUUCUAUCAUCAGUGAGAUGGAGGGCAGUGAUACGCUGCUAGCAUCUGGGGAUGGUGAAGACACAGGUGUUUUCUAUUCAGAGAAGGCAUUUGCCUCUGCCGGCGUUGUCGUUCUCCGAGAAAUGGUCAAACACUGGUGGACUGAGGCCUGCGCAGGUAACAGCAUGGCUGAUAUCAUGGUCCAGCAUUUGAUCCGAUGGGUGGAAAGCCCUGUGUCUCGUCUUUAUGAUCGAUCUCUGCACAACUACGUGCGAUUGCUGUCACGCAAGUCAUUCCAAAGAUUGAUGGCAGAGUUCAGACGUGUUGGCUCGCAUGUCAUCUUUGCCAGCUCUACACGCCUGCUUCUCCAAACGACCAAGACCGAGGUUGGCAACGCCUACGCCUACAGCCAGUACGUUCUCAAGUCAAUCCGCGCCAACCCUUCGUUCCAUUUCAUCGAUCUAGAGAUCAAAGAGUACUGGGACUACCUCGUGUGGUAUGACGAAUAUAACUAUGGAGGCAAGGGCUGCCGAGAGGUCACCGAGGCGGACGAGCAGAAUCUUGAAACAGCGAUGCACUGGCAGCUCAGUCGGUUCCUACCAAUGCCCAUGCAAACUAUCUUCCAUGAUUGGAUUGUCGAGUACAUCGAGCUGAUGCAUGGCUUGAAGCGACCGCAACUCGAAGAUGGGGGCCUAUCUUCAACGCCUCGGCCGACACAGAUCCCCAUUGGGCGGACCAACGAAGCAGACGAUGAUGAGGUCACUGCUAUUCUUGCAGAUCGAUUCUCGAAGCCAUUGAAGAAGCAAAUCUCCCAUCUGAUCCGCAGACAGCGUGAUGAAAUGCUUCAUCCCGAGCUUGCAUCUGACUAUGCUUUCCCCGUGUUGCCAGGAGUCCUCGUCAAUGCCAAUGACAAACGCAAUCCAUCUUUAGAGUUGACAAAAUUGCUUAUGCAAAUUCUCAGUUUGUCCAAGACAACGACCUUGGAAUCGCGGUUGCUGCGACGCGAGCUCCUUGCCCUGUUCGAGGUCCGAGAGUUCAGCAAGGAGGGCCGAUUCGAGAAUCCCAGUGCCAGCUUGAAGCUCCCCGAAAUGUCUUGCAACUCCUGCUGUCUCAUUCGAGACCUCGAUCUUUGUCGCGACGAAGAUGUGCUGCCCGAUAGCAAUUCAGAUGCCACCGGCUCUACCCAGCCAUGGCGUUGCCCAUUCUGUCACGCAGAAUAUGACCGACUGGCCACAGAAGAAUUCCUCAUUGGUCAAGUCCAUGGCUUUGUUGUUGAAUGGCAGACACAAGACAUCAAAUGCUCCAAGUGUGGCGGCCUGAAGAUCAGCGACUUCAUGGAGCACUGUUCUUGCAGUGGUACCUGGGCAGCGACCGUCGAUCGAAAGGAGAUCGAGAAGAAACUCCGAGUGUUGGAGAGUGUGGCCAAAUUCCACAAGCUGCAACUGUUGGAGAGCAUUGUUGAAGAGGUGCUUGAGCGUUUUUGA